CGAGUCCUCCCGGAUCCCGUCCACUUCAGUUCACUGAGAGCGCCUCGCAGUUCGGCGCACAUGCUUUAAUCAGCUAACUUAGCGAAGAGUCUGACAAACCCGCACACGCACAAGAUGGCGGACUCCGACUCAUGGGACGCGGAUAACUUCGAGCCGAUUGAGCCGAUCAAGAAGACGGCAGGGCUCCAGGACAGAUGGGAAGGCGAGGACGAGGAAGACGACGUGAAGGACAAUUGGGAUGAUGAGGAGGAGGAGGAGGAGGAAGAGGAGAAGGUGGAAGAGAAAGGAACAGAGGUGAAAGCUCCAGAGAAGAAAAAGCCGGGUGCUAAACUCAAAGAGAAAGAAAAUGAGAAACAGAGGAAACAAGAGGAGCUCAAGAAGAGGUUAGAGGAGUCCCAGGCUGACGUGCAGCUCAGCCCUGAGGAGCAGGCAGCAGAGAAACUGCGUUUGCAGAAGCUGCAGGAGGAGUCAGACAUGGCGCUAGCACGUGAAGCUUUUGGUGUUGACACAACUGUUACUACAAAUAGUGCCUCUGGAAUUGAAGCCAUGUGUCCCUCAACUAAGGAUGACUUUGUAGUUUUUGCAAAGUUGCUGAAAGACAAGAUAUCACAGUUUGAAAAGUCAGUGCAUUAUUCCAGCUUUUUGGAGUCACUGUUUCGGGAGCUUUGUAUUUCAUUGGAAGUAGAUGACCUAAAGAAAAUCAGCAAUUCCUUGUCAGUCCUUCUGAGUGAAAAACAAAAGCAGGAAAAGGAAAAAGCCAAAAGCACUAAGAAGAAAAAGAAGACUCUUGGCGGAGGCGGAUUGAAAGCGACACUGAGAGAUGACUUUAAUGAUUAUGGAGACUUUGAUGGCGGCUACAAUGAUUAUGAGGACUUCAUGUGACGAAGGCUAAACCCAACCCCCUGCCCUGUCCCAACUUUCCUGUUUGCCUCUGUACCCAAAUCACCCCUCAGACAUGCAGCAGCACCCCCCUCAUAUUUAUCAGUGCCAUCUUGAACUAAACUGAACACUGUGUCAGCCCUUUACUUUUGCUUCAGUGGUCAAAACAACUCUUAGUGAAGCUGCUAUCACCAACAUUGCCCUUUGGUGACGAAAGGAAAAUAUAUCAAAUUGCCUUGUAUUUACAACUCUGCCUCCAACAAAGACUUUAGGACAUGAGACAUCUUUUGCACAAGUGUCUUCUCUGAUUGGCCUAAACGAGAAUUGCAAUGCCUUAUAGAACACCUCAUAGAAACGUGUUUAUUUUGGUUGAACUGAAAUGGCUGGUGGUGUUAACUUCUGAGCAAUUUUAUUUACAUAGAAAGAAUUGAUAUUCUAUGCAAAAUAGUUCUAAAGAAUGUCUAGACAGAAGUUUGGAUAUUUUGCUCUUCUUGUGGAUGUAUCUGCAGAACAGUAUAUGGUAUCUACAUCUUUGAUGGCCAGUCAUCAGCAACAUCAGAUGCACAUAAUUCAAUUUUUAUUCUAUAAAAAUCAGUCUAUAAAAGUCAGAGCUUUUACAGUAGGACACUACACGAGGAGCAGUGAUGGCACACUGACUAAAAAGGGAUGGAAAAGCAAAAACAAAGUACAAAUACAUUAAAACAUUUAGCAUCGUCUUGGAAAUGCUAUUAAAAGAUCAGUAAUCAAUUUUUGAAAUAACCUUCAUGUGUGGAAGGUUUUACAGUAUGCCAUUGGGUUUAUUUGGGGGGGCUCAUUUAAAAGUUUACUUUGCUCUCAUGCAGGUAGAUUUAAAUUACUACUAAUGCAGGAAUGUGGGGCUCAGUCUUUUGUUAUAGCUUCUGCAAGCUUGUAUCAAGUAAGAGAAGGAGCAAGCUCUCGGGCUGAACAGACUAAAUGUCUGCUCACCUUCAACAAUAUUUGACAUCUGAGGUUUUGUUUCUAACCAUUUGAAAAGAUUUGCUUUACAAGAUACAAAAAAAACUGGUGAAUGAUAGAUCGGUGGCAAGACUCCAGCAGUGUUUUUUAAGGAUCUAAUUUAAUAAAAAUCAUUGGUCAAAAGGAA